AUGAAUGAUGAUGCUGCUGAAUGCAGCCCAGAUCACAAGGCCUGCCAGGCCCUCCUGGACGACCUCAAGGCUGAGGUUCGCAGAUGUGGCGGGGGCCCGGUGCAAUACCUGGAAAAGCAUGCCGAGGCGGCAGGAUUCCGAGAGUGGCUGCUGGACCACUUCCCGCUGCAGGAUGAGUUUCACUACUCCCAUGAGAAGAACCUGCAGCCGAUCGAAGAAAAGGAGAUGUCGGAUGUGCUGCCUUUGACCGUCCACGUCUCUGCGUUGGGCUUUUCCAGGGAAUGCAGCCUCAAGCCUCCCUGUGGCCUGGACCUCAUGAUGACUUUGUGUGACUUGUACUUGAAGGACGGGUUCACAACGGCCGGAGAGCCCUUGCUGGUUCUGCAGCAGGUGACGCCCAGCAUCUCUAAGGACUUGCCGGCACUUGAUGAGGAUGGCUUGCAAACGUUCAGUUUGGGGUACCUGAAAGGCUUUGCCCGGGCUGCAAGCCUCCUUUGCUUGCUGCAUUUCAUGAAGAAGCAAGGACUGAAUGUCAAGAAGCAGUACCCCACCCUCUGGGAGACUGUGAUUCGCAUUCGUGUGCAUCAUAUCAAGACUGAGAGCCGGCUGAAUGAGGCCCUGACCAACAUGAAGAUUUCGUGCAAGGGCUCCAUUCGCAAGGCCACCAACACGGUCCAGUGUGUCUUCAUGCUGAAGUCACUGAUGAAAGUGGGAGUCCCCGAGCCCAUGGCCUUGGUGAAGCAGUGGAAUGCCAUGUCGGCGCGGGCUUUCCAAAUCAGUGGGAAACGCAUGACGACUCUGAAGCUUCUGUUUGACAGUGCCCCGAAGGCCAGGCAAUCAUUGAUCGUCUGUGCGGUCCUGGACGACAUCCUGGACCAUGUGCAGAGCCUUGGCUGGGAUACCUGCGUCUGGUCCGACGACAACCUCAGCACCAAGAAGCUGUACCCGAAGUUCCAGUUCCCAGCCCGCUCGAAGGCCUGGCAGCAAAGGCUGCGCACAUCGGAGGACUCCAUGACUCUGGCUGUCCGCAGGCUCCAGCAGAGCCACGUUCGAUUGCCGGAGUACCAGCGAAAGAAGCCUGACUGUCAUAGUGUGGAGGAGAUUUCCGCCAUGGCUGCUUGCGCCGUCAACCUCACCAUUGAGAUUCAGAAGUUGGCCCCCAUUGCCCAGUCGAAACUGGAGGCUGAGUUUCUGCAGCCUUUUGGUGAUGGCUGCCCCAACGUGGCUCAGGAGAUCGAGGUGGCCUUGCUUGAGAAGUCUGAGGCCUUUGACAUCCGCAACAUGCAGACCUUCCGGAGGCUGUUGGACGAGCAGGUCUUUGCCAGGCCUGUGUCCGCAAGCAAGAUCGAGGAGGACAGCCUUGUGGUUGACCGGCUGAACCUCGUCAUCAAGCAGUGCCAGUACGACCAGCAGGUCUUCCACAACUGGAUGAAGAAGGUGAGCAAUCUCAAGAACGAGAGGGAGCAGCAGGAGCACACGUGGAAGUUGAGCCAGCGGGCAAAAUGCAGCGCCGCGGCAGAGUUGUUCUGCAAGUCCUGCCUUCGGUUUGAAGUCUGGGACCCUAAGAAGCCGGAGAGUGCCAUUGCUAGCAUCAUGGACUUCAGGCGCUUGACGAUCACGGGUAAGCUGGGCCUUUCCCCGGACUCCAAGGAUGUGGCGACCCUGAUCUGGCUCAAUUCCUCUGCGCCCUCCCUGGUCCCCGUCGGGAUCGUGAACGCCUACAUGCAGACAUUGUCUUGGGCCUUGCAUGACCAGCUCAGGGGCAUGGCCGUGGUCUUGUCCCCCACAUUCUCCUACGGGCGUGGCAAGCUGCACAUCGAGGAAAAGCUUCUGAUGGAGUCGCUGGCGAAGGCCGGGAACCACAACCUCGAUUGGCACUUCUCCAUCUUGUUCAACAACAAGACGGAUCAGAGGGAUCAGCGGCCGAUGAACUACCAGGGCCGCUUGGUCUUCAGCUCGGUCAUUGAUCCAACGACCAGCCCGUUCUGGAACUGUGAUCUGCGAAAGACGCAGCAGAUCACGACAGACCAGUUGCCUGCCCGGGCCAUGCGUGAGCCGGAGAAUCUGUCCGAAGACUCUUUGCCCGAAAGCACGGAUGUCAGGUCGGCUUCAAGUGGGGCCAGCAAGUACUGGCAGAUUGGGCCAGGGGCAUGCGACGCCAUGCUGUCUGCCACGUUGACGAACCUCAGUCCCCAGCCCUUAGGAACUUUGAUUGUGGACCUGUAUGUGAGGACCGGCGAAUUUGCAGAGGCCUUCUUGAAGCAGAGGGCCAAUCGCCCCAACACCUUCUUCAUUGGGUUCUGUGAGUCCCAGACUGAAGGCACCUGGGUCGAGACGGUUCUGAAGUCCAGCUUGACGGACUCCUACCUGGCCGGUGCGGUCAUGCCGGGAGGUGACAAGGUUCCAGAGAAGAUGCCAGAGGACCUGUGUGAUCCGCUGCCGCCGCAGCCACGACUGAACUUGCUUGCCUCUGGGGUCAUUCGUGAUGGCAAGUUGGCAAUUCCGGUGGAGAUUGUGAAGGAGUGGGGCACUCACCCUUUGGCCAAGGACUUCCAGGAUUGGCUGAAGUGCUUCCAGGAGAGUGGCGGUGAAAUCGUUGCUGCUGCUGGUGCGGAUUCUGAGGCUGAUCAGAAGCGCAAAGCUGCGGGCAACCCUGACUCCGAGCCCGCUGCCAAGAAGAAGAAGGGCGCGGUCAAGAUUGAUGAGGCCUUGAUCGGUGAGGCCGAUGCCAUCUCGCAGGCCCUGCUGCACGAGUGCAAAGUGACUGUGACCAAGGACUCCGUGGGCAUGCUCCAGGUCCGUGCUGGCUCAGAGGUCUGGCUCGUCAACAAAGGACCCAAGGAUUUCGUGGCUGAGUUCCAUCAGGUCUGUGGGUUUGGCCGUGGCAGCUUCAAACUGAUGAAGCCAGAGGAGCAGCCUGUCGAGGGCCAGCGGUUUGUCGAGUUCAAGCUCACAGACUACCAGGACAUGAUUUACAUCAACAAUCAGUGCCUCACUGUUGGCCAGGCUGUCGCACAGCAACGUUUGACAAAGCCGGACUGCAAGGUCAGCUACCAUGAAAUUGUGCAAGACGCAGAGAAAGGCUUGAACGAAUUUUCCCUGCGGCUGACUCACCGUGUGGUGUUCUCUUCCAAGAUGGAGGAGGUGACCGCCGAGGCGACCUUCGGCAACCUCGCCCUCAAGGAGAACAACACGAUCUGGUCAGAGAGCAAAGCUCUCUGUGUCUUGUGGCACUGCCGCUGGACUGCCAAGGGGCUGACUCCUGUAAAGCCCGCUGUCCACUUGAAGGGUGGCAUUACGGUGAAGCCGGGCAAAGCCUUGAAUUGCCAUCAGAAGUAA